AUGGCCAAGCAAGCAAAUUGUCUGAAAAGUGUAAUUCAGGAAAUGGACAAACAAAAAGCACAUUGUAUUAGUGCAAAGAGAAAACUGCAAGAUGAACAACUGGACGAGCCACAACCCAAUUAUGAAUCGAACGUCAACUUCGAGUCUAUGGCAAAUGUGUUGGAGAUAAAGAAAACUGAGGAAUUAGGACGAGGUAUUUACGCGAAAUGUGAUAUACCAAUGAACCAAACGAUUUUGGUGGAAAAAGCCUUUAUAUCACACAAAGCAUCGGGUCCUUUAGCCACUUGUGCAACGUGUCAAAAUGUUGCAAUGAAUUUCAUUGCUUGUGAAAAUUGCUCCGAAGUAUUAUUUUGUGGUGUGAGCUGCAAGGUACACAAAAGUUUACAUAAAUAUGACUGUGGAUUUGUUUAUAAUCGCGACGAAGUAAUGAAUUCGGAACUAAAAAUGAUUGCUCAUUCAAUUUAUUUUGCCAUAGAAGCAUUCGACACUACUAACGAUUUGAUUCGAUUCGUUGAAAAAUCGGAGAAAAGUAAGGUAUUAUGGGUGCCAAGCUCUCUGAAUGAUGCACAGUCUAAAUAUCGUUUGUUUUUGACGCUCUCAACACGACCAGAGAAAAAUGACCGUGCAUUGAAGAACAAAGCCAAAGAACUUCAUUCAAUAUUAUUACAACGCCAGAUAAUUAAAACAUUUUUUGAUGAUACAUUUAAAAUGCGUUUUCUAAUGCAUCUUUUGGUUAAGCAUGUUCUCAUUGCAAGUCAAAAUGUUUUUACUGGUGGGCAGUUCCCAUUGUCUCAAUUGCAGCGUACCGCUAUAAUUCCACUGAUUUACAGUUUGUUCAAUCAUUCUUGCAUUAACAACGCUUUCUAUCACUCGUUUGGUGGCAGUGUAAUUGUUAAAACAACUCGUCCGAUAAAAAAAGAUGAACAAGUAUUCAUUUUGUACAUAAAUGGUCCACCACCAAUACGUCAAAUUAUGAUCAAAGAAAAUUUUGGUUUUAUUUGCAAAUGCAAUAAGUGUAAAAGAAAUGAUGGAACCUGUGACAUCAUUCCUGACCCAGCUUUUAGAAUACUUCGAGAAUUCUUUCUACCAUAA